AUGAAUACCAGGACACUCGCUUCUUUACGCCGCUCGCCGCUUUUCCCAGCAUGGCGCAGGUUACGCGGAUUCCACUCUUCCCCUGUCCGCUCUGACUUCCACUUCGACACCCAUCACUUCGUCCAGCGCCUGGAGCGCGAGGGUCUGAACAGAGCGCAGGCGGAAGGAAUCAUGUCGGCGAUGGCGGAGGUAAUCGACGAGAGUAUCAGGAAUAUGACGAGCAACAUGGUGACGAAGGCGGAUCAGGAGAAGCACCAGUACACGCAGCAAGUAGACUUCGCCCAGCUCAAGUCGGAGCUACAGCUCAUGGAGAAGAACGACCUCGCCAUGCUGAAAGCCGAGAAUGACCGGCUCGUCAACGAUAUCGAGAAACUUAAACAGCGUCUUCGGGAAGAGAUCACUCGGACUCAGUCUGGCGUGCGAUUGGACCUCAAUCUUGAGAAAGGUCGAAUGAGAGAAGAGAGCAGCGGGCAAGAACUGAAGAUCAAGGAGGUCGAUACCCGGAUUGAACAAGAGAUAGCUGGCCUCAGGACUGCAAUUCAGGCUUCCAAGGCCACAACACUUCAGUAUCUUGUUGGAUUUGUCACUGGCUGCUCUGCUCUCCUGAUGGCAUACCUGAGGUUCCGGCUUUAGUAUACCUUUCCUUGCCUGGGCAUUGGUGCUCUAAUAUUCAUGUCAUUCAGGUGGGAGUACUAUAUGUAUAUGUAUAUACUUUUUUUUCCUUGGACAAGCAAUACUACCACCCAGCAACUGACUAUUGCUGCCG